CUCUCAUCAUAUUCAGCAUGUUUUGCACAAGAAAUGUCAGCCAGAAAGGGCUAUCUGCUCCCUUCGCCAAAUUAUUCCACAACAAUGUCAUGCUCCGAGAGCCCGGCUGCAAACUCUUUUUUGGUAGACUCCCUGAUCAGCUCGGGCAGAGGGGAAGCGGCGGGAGCAGGAGGCGGAGGCGGAGGAGGAGGCGGCUACUAUCCCAACAGUGGUAUCUACCUGCCACAGGCGUCCGAUCUGUCCUACGGGCUGCAAAGCUGCGGACUUUUCCCCGUUCUGGGCAAACGCAAUGAAGGUACUUCUCAAAGCAUGGUCCCCAACUCGCACUCCUACGUGUCAGGGAUGGAAGUGUGGCUAGAUCCUCCCCGGUCCUGUCGCAUGGAAGAGCCGGAGAGCCAGCAGGCCACCUCGUGCUCCUUCGCUCCAAGCAUUAAGGAGGAGAGCUCCUACUGCCUCUAUGACUCAGAGAAAUGCCCCAAGGGCUCGGCCGCCACAGACCUCGCUCCCUUCCCCCGGCUGAGCGCCGAGGUCAGCCCGGCCAGCGGCGGCGGCGGGGUCCCGGUCCCGGGCUACUUCCGCCUCUCCCAGGCUUAUGGCACUUCCAAGAACUACGGCGCGGGGCCAGCCGGGGCUGCCCCUUUCCCUCCGCAGCCCCCCGGCCGCUUCCAGACGCCUCCAUCUUUGCCUCCCGUCCCGGAGCCGGGGAGGAAGGAGGAUGAGGAACGCUCCCCAAGCCCCUUGGCGUGCGUCUCCCAGAGGGAGGACGAGACUCAGGCUUCAUCUUCCACCGCAGAGGAGCUCUCUCCAGCUCCGUCAGAGAGCAGCAAAGCUUCUCCAGAGAAAGAGCCUGUAGGCAAUUCAAAAGGAGAAAAUGCAGCAAACUGGCUCACGGCAAAAAGUGGCAGAAAGAAACGAUGCCCCUAUACCAAGCAUCAAACUCUCGAGCUGGAAAAGGAGUUUCUAUUCAAUAUGUACCUGACUCGUGAGCGUCGCCUAGAGAUCAGCCGCACAGUCCACCUCACAGACAGACAAGUUAAAAUCUGGUUUCAGAACCGCAGAAUGAAACUGAAGAAAAUGAACAGAGAGAAUAGGAUUCGGGAGCUCACAGCCAACUUUAAUUUCUCUUGAUGAACCUAUAAACACAUCUUUAUGGUUUAAAGAGCCAGUAUCAUUUUCCUAGGCUGUAUUCAUCCGCACCUGUAUGGAUUAACGAUUUUAGGCGCUCUCAAUAUGUCCUUAACCUCUUAAGAGCUACUUUGGGGGGCGGGCGGACUAAAGUCACGCUAAAGCACAAAAUGCCGUGUGUGAACCUCCCCUCUUCCUUCAGCCUUUCCCGGGGCCAAUUUGUUCCUCUAAGCUUUGAAACACAAAAAUACCAUUUCAGGAGCUGCAAAUAUACUUCUCCCUAUCUGUCUUUCUGAAAAGUAAACAAUCCUAGUUAAAGGUGCAUUCUUUUAAAAUAUAAGUGCUGUAACUUGGACUGUACGUAGCUGCACAAUGAAGAAUUUAAGCGUUGCCAUAUUUCUAUAUACUGGGAGCUUUCCCCUUCUCUGUUUGUCUUUUCUCCCCCUCCCCCUUUUUUCCUUCGAAAAGCGGGACUUAAAAUAAUGAAAUGCAGGCAUCCUUUAAAAGCGUUUCACGGGAACGGGUGUUAGGAAUGAUUUUUCUUUUUUUUUUCUUUUUUUUUUUUUAACACUUUACCUUAAAAGCCAAUAUUACAGCUUUAAAUUUGGCCAGGAAAAUGAAAUAUCUUCUCUUUAAAGGUAUAAAAGAUUUCGUUUUACUCAUGGACUAAAUUAUUACACUUACCUCUGAAUUUCUCUCGCUGGUUGUAGAUAUUUACUUAAUGUAGUUUUGCUUAAAUAUGUGAAUUUGGUGAUUUUAUUUUGUGUCUAUAUAUAACGUUACCAUUGGUAACGCAUGACAAGCACACAGAAAUUCCCCCUUGAAAAGAAAAUAGUCACUUUUUUCCUCACUAGUUUCACUGAAAGUAUAUAUCCUGAACAUCAGAUGGACUUUCUGAGCCAGAGUCUGAGAUUGCGAGGGAGAAUAUAUUCGUCUUCCUUUAUACUGUGAAGUUAACAUUCAUUAAAGGGUCAAACAUAUAGGUGAAAAAAAUUAAAAAGAUUAAAAAAAUAGAAAGAAGGGGAAAAGCUAUAAAUACAGAUAUGGAUAAAUGUCUAUUAUUAUUAAAAUGCCGAUACUGUUUUAAGCAAAUGCAUUCUAUCGUUAUUAUAAAUGUUAGUUCUAGCUAUAUCUAGUUCUUACCUUAAAUCGGAAUAAAUUAAUAUUGUAAUGCUGCUGUGCGUGAAAAGACGAUGUUUAUGUUCUCAUAGAAGAAUAAAAAACCGUGGAAUGAAUCCUUUUAAUUUUACCUCUUUUUGUGACUGUUUAUCCUCAGGUUCUACUUUAUGUCUUCGAGAACUUUUACAACAGGAAUAGUUGCCUAAACCCCCUGCAAUUACUUUAGGAAUCUAUUUAAAUAUUACCUAGACGGUCGUAAUUUGUCUGGGCCAUAUAGCGAUGGUGCUCUAAGGUUUGUCGGCUUUUGUUCAGUUUUAUGACUUGCUAGUAUAUCUGGAUUGUUGCUGUCUUGAACGAGUGGUUUCAGUUGACUGAGGAACUGCAUAGACUGAGGAAGCAAAUUACUAUUUCUUGAGGGUAGGGAAACGAUAUAUUUCUUCUCUUUUUUUCUUUUUUUUUUUUUUUUUUAAUUUUUUCCUUUUUGUUAAUCGAACACCUACAAGUGUGCGGAGAUCUUUAACUCCAGAGGACGUUGACAAAAUUCUAGCUUUAUCUCAGGGCUGAGAAGAAACCGUAAAGCUAACAGGGUCUUGCACAAAGGGAACGCAAAAGGAAGACUGGAAGAAAAAGAGACAGCUAAUGCUUCCUUGCAAGGGUAUAUGUAUGCCGGGAGGAGGGGGGGACAGACUUUGAACCCGGGCUUCAUGGGAGCCGCUAGCUUUUCGUGAUGUAACAUUGUCGUGCACGGCCCUUUUUUCCCCGAUUACAUCUGCAUGGAAAGGCGAAAGCUGCCCGCUCGCGUGUGUGUGGGUGGUUGUUAUUAUAUUUUACUCUUGUUUUCAUUAACCC